AUGGCAUUAACUGAAAGACGUCCGUUGGAGUUACACGGGAUGGCCAGUGCUGCCUCGCCCACGUUCAACCCAAACACUUUGGGUGUCGCUAAAAAGAACAGAACCAAGAGCUUGCCCUUGCAUCCGACGGAAAAAGUUGCAUUAGAGAGGGCAAAGAACCAAGACAACGGUGACGACGAUGCCAUCGGUGCGAGCUCGGAGGAAGAGAGCCAGGACUCGGAUGAGGAGGAAGAGGAAGACGAACACGAGGCAGAGAGUGAGCCCGGUCGAAAUUACUCGAUUAGCGGGGACUUGGCCAAGAUGGAUAUCGGCAAGGAACAGCAAUCUUCUAGAAGCACUAGCCCCGAGUCCGUUUUGGAAACGCAACCAGACUCGACUAGAGAGUCGACUCCGCCUACUUCAACAUCGAGUCCUCCCUCAUCCAACGACUCGUCAGUUGCAACCGCAGCUGCAAAGAAGAUCAAAAAGCCAAAGCCAAUUUCUAGAGCACCCAUUGCCACUGGCAUCUCAACGGCUAUCCCCGUUACCGGUGAAAAGCCAGAGCCUAUACAAGAAGGCGACGCUUCCUUGGAAGACGAUGUCCUCUUUAACAUCUUUCUCAUUCUUUUCAAAGAGGAUCCAGAAGGGCAAGGUUUAACCGUGAAACAGGUCUGCGACAUCUUGCGCGAAAAGAAACCCGAAAUGGCUAGUCUUUCAACAAAGACCUCCAAUUUGGUCAGCGCCAAGCUCAACGCGUACAUCAAGAGAAUCGAAAAGGGCGACACUAGUUUAAAGUAUGCCAUUUCCAGAGACUGGGCCGACGCGUCGCCAAAGAGAAUGGUUUAUGUCUACCGUGGGAUCCUUGCGUCCGGGUUCGAACACGUUGCCAAGACCCUAUUAGCGGAGGUUAAAAAGGGGGAGCAGCACAGUCAAGAGUACAAAGAUGAAGACGUGUCGGAGGAAACAGCAACACCCACAACCACAACCACGGCCUCCACUCCCAACAGGCAACCUCAAGAUCCCGCAGCUGAAGACGAGUCGCUACUUACCGCCAAACAGGCCAGCUUGGCUAAACCAAGAAGACAAACAAUGUUUGACUUGGGCAUCACCAGACACUCCUUUUUCGAGUCCAGUUCCUCUGCGUUUGAAAAGCACCACUUGAAUGUGCCCUACUCGUCAGCACCAGUCACUGCCGCCUUGAAUCGCACUGCCACCACCACUACAACCACAGGGGAAGACGACUUCACCGGCUCGGACCAUGAAAUGGACGAGUUUGACCUUGUCUUUGAUGACGAAUCAGACAGGGAUGACGAUGACGACGAGACCAUCGAAACUGUGCGCAAAAACGGGAAGCGGUCCAAGUCAAUGUCCUACUUGUUGGUUAAAAAGCCCAAGUUUGUCACUGCUGCUGCUGCUGCUCCGCGCGCAUCUCGUGCUCCAAGCAUGCACAGUGCCAACGCCGCGGCUGCUGCGGCUGAGUUGCAUGCCGCGGCAUUGCGUGCCGGUAACCACGGCCACGAGGCAAACAACCACAAAUGGUUAAACGUCAUCCGUUCCGGGUUUUUAUCUCUCGACAUUGGUGCUCCUGAAGAUACCGACAUUGACUCAUUCUUUGCUUAA